UUUAAAUUCCAAACGGCCGUCGUCCACAGAAGGAGAGGGGAAUUCAAAAGCACAGAAGUCCUGCUUCUUACCGUUCAGUCGCAUGCUUGGACGAUAGACGGUAUAAUUUCUACCAACGGCGUCUUUUAAACUAAGGAUGAGUUCUGUUGAAGUCAACGAUGAGAAUCGUGGGGUUUGCCCUGGAGGAAAGCACAACAGCUCAAGUAACGACAUAUUCGACCUGGAUCAGCCGACUGGGAGGCCGUCCAUCCUGCGCCAGACAGAGAACCUGCCCAGCAAGACUGUGCCAAAGGGGACGAAGGUUUGUUUCCAGACUCCAAGAAGAGACCCUGUGACCAAAAGAAUUCUGUCUCCCAGCAAGUCUGUCAGGAUGUCAAGCGUGGACGAGUGCACAAAAGCAAUGGAGUCCUUAAAUUUGGAUAAAUUAAAUACUUUGCAGCAAGAAACCACAGAGCAGCCAAAACAAGAACUGUCAUCUUAUCCCGAUGACAACAUGCCAAUUCAAAGCAAGGGGGGCUACCAGCUGGAUUUUGACAACCUUGACGCUAUCGAUCCUUUUCAGGGGUCUAAUAAGAUGCUCCUCUCUCCUGCAAGGCCUGCAGCUGAAAACCCUCCUACACAUCCUACUGAGCCUCAGCCCACAACUCCAGAGAAUAUUUCAGAGGAACCUACCAACAUAGAAUCUGCACUAGAUGAGACACUUCCAUUCACCCCAUCUAUUGAUAACUCCCUGGCCGAUGUCACUGCAGACAUCAGCUCCACAGAGAGCAGCGUGGUCACAGUAGUGAGAGUCCCAGCAAUAGAGGAACAAGAUUCAUACAGCGCUACACCUGAUGACAAACAACCUGCUAACAUGUCUUCAGCCGCUGAGGAAGACAAAACAUCAGGCAGUUUUGUGGAGGAUGCUCCACUUCCGGCAAAAGGUUCCUAUAACUUUGAUUUUGACAACCUCGACGCCAUCAAUCCUUUCCAGACCGGUGGCUCCAAAAUUCAAAAUUCACCCGUCCUUGGGAGAAAGGUGUCAAACAGCGAUCCACCUGCAGAAGAAAGCAAACCUGCAAAUGUUGUUGACGUCCCCGAGGUGGCCCAAGAAUUGCCUGUUCCGCUUGAGGCGAAGCCCGAAGCUGCAGUGGCCCCAGCAUCUCCCAAUACUGCAAAGCCUCCAGCGGCCGAGUCCAAGCCAGCCGAUGCCCCAGUGAAGAAAAGCCCAGUCAAAGAAGGACCAGUCAAACUUGAGUUCAGUUUCGGCGAUGGCACCGAGGUCAAACCGAAGCCGCCGCUCAAGAAAUUUGGCAAAAGGCCACCAGGUGCAAAACCUAAAGAGGUAAAGCUGGCGUCUGACGUCAGACCUCCAAAGGAAGCUCCAGUGAAGCCUGAUGCCAGUGACGCUGUGGAUGUUCCCGUUCAGAAAGGCUCUUACUCAUUUGACUUUGACAAGUUCGAUGACCCAAACUUCAAUCCCUUUGGCACGAAAUCGGGCAUGAGCAACUCUCCAAAGAGCAGCAAGAAAUCCAGCCCUGUGCCCAUGGAAACGGUGACUCCAGAGCAAAAUGAGGAACCCAUGGAAACGGAAGCUGCAUCAUCAGUGUGCGCUGGAGAGAGUUUGCCAAAUGCCGAACCCAGCCCUGAAGUGGUGUCUGACAAUAAGGUUGCCUCCGACCUCGACAAGGGACUUCAAACUGAAGAAAAAGUGCCAAACCUUCCUGAGCUCCCUGAACCCGACCAGAAGUCCCAGACUGACAUGUUCGACUUCAACGAAGAGUUUGUUCCUGGAACCACAUUCAUGGCCAAUGACUUUGACGGACAGAUUGAUUACCUUGAACAGUUUGGGUCCAGCAGCUUCAAAGAGUCUGCGCUGAGGAAACAAUCGUUGUACCUAAAAUUCGAUCCCCUCCUGAGAGAGAGCCCCAAGAAGCCUGCAGGCCCGGGCGUCCAGCUCCACGUCGCUCCUCCUGCUGCCUUCGCUUCACGGCUUGAAACACCACAGAUGGCAGAAAAAGAGGCAACAAAAGGACCACAAAAGGAUGCUUUCAGACUGUUUGAUGAUGCUUCAGCACCGGCUCCAAUCCUCCAGACCAUCGUCCCUCCGUUCCCCCAGCCAGCCAGCACGGAGGACGCCAUCAUCGAAGUGCUGAAGUACAGCCAGAAAGACAUGGACGCAGCCAUCGCCAAAGCGCAGGCAGAAGCAAAAGAAAAGGAGCAGCAGUGGAGCGCCAAGCAUAAAAAGCUGCUCGAUGACGGCCAAGAAAUGAGGAAAAUAAUUGCAGAAUUUGAGCUUAUGAUUGCCAAAAUGAUGGCUGAUCAGGAGCAGGAGAGAGCGGUGGCUCAGGACAAGCUCAACGAGGCUCUGCUGGAGAAGGACCAGGUGUCCAGCGACCUGAGCGCCAUGGAGAGAUCCUUCUCUGAGCUGUUCAAGAGGCUGGAGAAGUACAAGGAUGUCAUCGAGGGCUACAAAAAGAACGAAGAGACCCUGAAGUCCUGUGCACAGGACUACCUGGCAAGGAUCAAGAAGGAGGAGCAGCGCUACCAGACCCUCAAAGCUCACGCUGAGGAGAAGAUUGGCCAUGCAAAUGAAGAAAUCGCUGAGGUACGAUCCAAGUACAAGGCCGAGGCGUCUGCACUUCAGGCUCAGCUGCGCCGGGAGCAGCUGAAGGUGCAGUCGCUGGAGAAGAGCCUGGACCAGAAGGAGAAGGAGGCCGAGGAGCUCACCAAACUCUGUGAUGAGCUCAUAUCCAAAGUUCAGAAGGGCUGAGCUGAUUUGUAAAUACUGUAGUUUGUAAUUACCUCUGGGUUGUUUUUGUUCUUUUAAAUUGUUGGCGUCCAGAUCAUUUUCUUGUGUAGUGUUUGUCUUUAUCAAUGUUCUUAUAAUACUGUAAAAAGUUUAAUAAAGAUGAUUUACAAGUUUAA